UUCUCUUUCUGGCAAUCUUAUCCUUGUGUCCAUAUAAAAGUGGGAAUUUUUGGUGUUAUUGUGUUAAGUAUUGACCCGUUGGCGCAGGGAAGAGUGCUGUUGGCUUUGAAAGAUGCCGGUCUAUUUACAGCAGGCGGUUUAAACAGUGAGAAGGUUCUCUUUUGUAGUACGGAAAAUGGGCGUAUAUCUUUUGUGCGGCAACUAGAACCAGAUUGGCAUAUUGAUACAAACCCAGACAUAAUACAGCAGUUAUCAAGAUUCAUCAAGUAUCAACUCCACAUUUCUCCUACAAGAAUUGAACGUGCAGCACCUAAUGUAUUUACCUCCAUAUCCUUGGAGCAUUUCUUUGGCAUUUCGGAUAGAAGCUAAUGUGUGCAAUCAAUUGCAGGUGACUGCUAUCCAGAUCCUUUUAAACUCAUCCUGUCCCUGAGCUGCUGUCAUGCUUUCGCCUGAUAGUCUCCCAAAUGUAUUUUAUUUUGUAUUGUUGGCCAGAAAAUAAGCGAAAUUUCAUCUAUAACCUUCAAUCAUCAACAACUUUGCGAGACUGCAAUUCAACAUUUUCAUGUUCUGCAAUGAACUUCUGUAUCAAUGUGAGUAAAUUCAUUCAUGUCAUCAUGUAUUCUAUUUAUAGUUUAUUGACCGAAUGCCUACAACUUCAGCUUAGAUUCUAUUGUUUGUGUGGCAUUUUAAAGUGUUGCAAUGACCAAUGCAUGAUUAAUGAAUGAUGAUAUCAAAUGCA